AUGCGCCGCCAGUCUACGCUCGCCACCCUCGCCACCGCCACGCGCCGCUCGGCCACCAUUGCCGGAGUUCUGCGCAGCGUCAACGCAACGACUACCACGACGGCGUGCGGCCGCGGAGGUAUCGCUACCAUGCUGGCCACCUCCCCCACCACGUCGGCCAGGCGCGGUGUGGCGACCGAUUUCUCGCACUACCCGCGUGAUGUGGGCAUCGUCGCGCUUGAUGUCUACUUCCCCUCCACCUACGUUUCGCAGGCCGACCUCGAGACGCACGACGGCGUGGCUGCGGGCAAGUACACCGUGGGCCUGGGCCAGACCAGCAUGGCCUUCACCGGCGAUCGCGAGGACAUCAACUCCAUCUGUCUCACCGCGGUGCAGUCGCUGCUGGAGAAGUACAACAUCGACCCGAAGGACGUGGGCCGCGUCGAGGUGGGCACGGAGACCAUCGUCGACAAGUCCAAGUCGGUGAAGAGCACCCUCAUGGACCUCUUCCAGAAGGCUGGCAACACCGACAUCGAAGGCGUUGACACCACCAACGCCUGCUACGGCGGCACCAACGCGCUCUUCAACGCCAUCAACUGGGUGGAGAGCAGCUACUGGGACGGCCGCUACGCGGUGGUUGUUGCGGGCGACAUCGCCGUCUACGAGGCCGGGCCGGCCCGCCCGACCGGCGGCGCCGCGGCGGUGGCGAUGCUGAUCGGCAAGGGCGCGCCGAUCGUGUUCGAGCGCGGCAUCCGGUCGACGUUCAUGGAGAACGCGUGGGACUUCUACAAGCCCGUCAUGGGCUCCGAGUACCCGCUCGUCGACGGCGCCCUCUCCAACACCUGCUACCUGCGCGCCCUCGACCAGUGCUUCUACACCUACGCCGAGCGGUUCGAGAAGGCGCACGGCAAGAAGCUGAGCCUGGAUGCUGACGUGGACUACGCGCUCUUCCACUCGCCCUACACCAAGCUCGUCCAGAAAUCCUGGGCUCGCAUGAACUAUUUGGAGGCCGUCAAGAACGAAGCGCACGCGCUGCACGAGUCGCUCAAGUCGCAGAACAAGCUGCAGCCGGAGACCACCUACGAGGACAACAACCUCAUGAAGGAGGUCAUCAAGUACAGCGACGCCACCUACAAGUCCAAGGUCGGCCCCUCGCUCACGCUCCCCAAGGAGCUGGGCAACAGCUACUGCGGCUCCCUCUACACGGGCCUCCUCUCGCUCGUCGCCUCCCACGCCGACGCCGCCACAAGUGAGGCGGAGAAGAGGGCGCUGAUGUUCUCGUACGGGUCUGGGCUGGCAGCGUCGCUGUUCUCGGUGAAGCUCAAGUCGGGCCUCAAGAAGAUCGCCGACACCUCCAACUUCCAGGCCCGCCUCGCCCAGCGCAAGAAGGUCGCCCCCGCCGACUUUGUCGAGGCCCUCAAGAGGAGGGAGACGGCGACGUCGGAUGAUGUGCCGAAGCCGUUCGUGCCGAGCGACAAGGUGGAGGACCUGUUCCCGGGCACCUUCUACCUGGAGCAGGUCGACGAGAAGUUCAGGCGCACCUACGCCCGCAACCAGCAGUAG